AUGAUUUCCCUGGGCCCUUUCAUCCUGAUCGCAGGGAUAUCAAUAGUCAUCCUCCUAUGCUGGGCAUGGCUCCCCUUCGCCAUCAUAGCAAAGCUCUGCGGGCUGGGUGCCCACCGCAAAAAAGACGCAGGCCUCCUCCCCGUCCGUGCCGCAGCAGGCGAGGUCCGCUACCGAGCCGAGGGUUUUGUCCCGCCACCACAGGCUCUGCAAAGUGACCCCCACGCCUUCGACCCGGAGGUGCGACACCACAACUACCUCAAGGUCGACCCGCGCAGGGCCGAGCAGAACUUCCAGAACCGGGGGGCCAGGGAUGCCUACGAGGCCGCGUUCGGGCUGGGAUCGCAGGAGGAGCGGCGGCCGCCGAAUGCGCUCCCAAGUGACCAACAUCCCCCCCCCGGAGGAAACGCGCGGUAUGCCCUCCUCUUCAACAGCUGGAUCGCUCUUAGCGGCUUCUACAUCCAGUCUUCCGGGGACUUCAUCACCGACUACAAAGUCGAGGCCAUGGUGUGCGGUGCUACCGGGAACUUCACGUAUGUGCCACUGGUCGACCCGCAAGAUGGGGAUUAUGUGUGGUCCGACACGUUGUUUAUCGAGGUCACCGCUGCCAAGGGGAACUCGUCAACUGCCAUCAUCAACGAGAUCUGGCCUGUCUUCCCCGGCGACGACAUCUUCGAUCCGGAGAACACCUCUCCAUGCCCGGCCGCGUCUCGUAGGCGCUAA